AUGCAAUGUGGUGAAGGAGAUGUUUCGUUUUUAGAAGCUGAAGCGAUAAUCGCAUUUGAUGGAAACAUCAGAUCAGGUCUUUUGGUUCAUCCUGAUUUGGUUCAUAUAGUCUACGCCAUUGGCAACAAAGUUUCUAUUCAAAAUUGGCGCACCAAGGAACAACAUUUUUUAUCAGGCCACACAAAUUUAGUAUGUUCCUUAGAUCUCUCAAGAUCCGGAAAAUAUGUCGCAAGUGGCCAGUUGAAUCAUAUGGGCUUCAAGGCGUGCUUCAUAAUUUGGGACUUUUAUGAAAGAACCAUUAUUACCAAACAGGAAUUACACAAAGUUCGUGUAGAAAUAUGUAGAUUUACAGGAGACGAAAAUUACUUAAUAACAAUUGGAGGCCGUGAUGAUGGAACAAUUAACGUUUGGGACAUUGGAGGCAGAAGUACGAUUUAUAAUGGAGCAGCUGCCAAAAUUACUGCAGGAGAUUGUUAUGGAUGUUCGGCUGUUUAUAGACGAGGACGAUGUUUCAUCACAUGUGGAGAUGGUACUCUUCGUCUAUGGGCGAUUUACCCAGAAAAAUAUGACGCCAGAUUUGUUGAAGUAAAUUGCGGCAAAUUGAAACGAAUUUAUACUUGUAUUGUUGGAAAUAGCAGAGACGAGUAUGGAUAUUGUGGAACCACUAGUGGAGAUAUUGUCAAGAUUCGUUUUAAUUAUCAUUAUGACACAGAGAUUUUAGAUUGUCCAAAAGUGCCAGUAAUCAUUGGAUGUUAUGGUUUGUUCAAUGGAAAGAAAACCAAAGGCCAGGAUGUUGAACUCUACAGUAUGGGUGUCCAAGCAUUGCUUCUACUGCACGAUGGUAGUUUGCUCAUCGGUGCAGGAGAUGGAACCAUAGAUUUAGUUGUAGAACGUGACAUACCAGAUGAAAAACACGAAACAGGAAAAUUGACACGACCAACGACACCCAACUUCAAAAAGAUAAAACGUACCAAUGUUUUUGCAAUGGUGACAUCGAUGGUGACCUUUGAUGAGAAACAGUUGCUAGUUGCAACGAAUCAGAGCGAGAUUUUCACCAUCGAUUUGGAGAAUUUUGAUCUCAAAUUGAAGACAACGUGCCACACAGCAGCUAUAUUUGCUUGUGUAUUUCCUUGGAAAUACAGUGGUGUAUUCGCAACUGCUUCCAAAGGAGAUGUACGCAUUUGGUCAAUGGACAAAAAACAAGAAUUAUUGAGAAUCAAGCAUGAAAAUUUUUAUUGCUCAAGCUUAACGUUUACUUAUAGUGGAAAAGCUAUAAUCACAGGUUGGAAUGACGGUAUUGUGAGAGCUUUUACACCAUUAACUGGAAAAUUAAUGUGGUCCAUCACAAAUGCCCAUAAUAAAGGUGUCUCAUGUCUGGCAAUCACAUCUGAUGAUAAACGUUUGAUUACUGGAGGAUGUGAAGGACAAGUUCGGGUGUGGGCACUGUAUCCAACCCAUCAAAAUAUGGAGAUAAUUUUUAAGGAGCAUGCAGGACCUGUGACUUCACUGCACAUCAAUUGCUUCGAUUCUGAAGCUGCCAGUUCGAGUACAGAUGGAACUGUUAUUAUUUGGGACUUGAUACGGAUGGUUCGCAAAAUAGUGCUCUUCGCCAACACCCUCUUCACCUGCGUCCGAUAUUACCCGACAGCAGUUCAAUUGCUGACUGGAAGUGCAGACAAAAGAGUUGUCUAUUGGGAGGCACUCGAUGGAUCGAUGGUGAGAGAGUUGAGAGCCUCUGCAUCGGGGGCGAUCAACACUGUUUGCAUUUCCAUGGGAGGAGAACUGUUUGCCACUGGGUCGAAUGAUCAAAUUGUCAAGCUCUGGGAUUACAUGGAUGGUACAUGCAGUUUCAUAGGCUGUGGUCACACAUCAUCCAUCACGGCUGUUGCGAUUUCUCCGGACUCGAGGUUCAUUGUCAGUUGCAGUGCCUCCGGUAGCAUUUUCAUCUGGAAAGUACCGGAGAUAGUUUUGAAAAAUAUUAAACAGUCCGAAGAGUUUGUAGCGGCCGAUAAAAAAGCAGAAAAAAAGUGUGCGAGGCCUUUAAAAACUCAAAAUAUGAAAACAAAAGCAUUAGCUGCUGCACGUUCAAAUACGUCCAUAGGAAAGGCAAAAGUCGAGGAGGAUAUUAAGAACAAAGCUGGAAGACCAACUGAAAGUCCUCAUGUUUCUCUCGGAGAAUGUCCCUGUACUGAUAAAAGCAAAGCUGACAAAACGAAAGCAUAA